AUGCGGGGGAUACGUGUGCUGGCGGGCACGGACCGCCUGCUUUGGAUGGCACGACGUUGCCUUAUAAGAGGCAGUAAUACGGCACUCAACUUCCACUUUUCGUCCUCUUGCAACAGCGGCUCUGAAAUGCGGGAGGCGAUUGCACCAGAGAUGGUGACAAUUGAGAUCCUUCCCGCCGCAGAGGAACACGGCAGCCACACAGCUGCUGGUGUUGGUGACAGCCACAGCGAUAGGGAUGGCAACAUGGACUACCAUCGUUGUGAGGUUGACAUGAGUAGCCGUGCCGACGGGAGUAGCACGCGAUCUACCGGUGAUGAGCUGCGCCAGAAGCACUACUGGGAUGUCACAAGCAUCGAUAACUUCGCCAAGAGUCGUGUACUCAACUACGUCCGCCGCACGGGGAAUCGAUCUGCGGAUGUCUUUGAGGUGAGUGCGGAGCAGAUGCUGGGAAGGACGGUGUACCGCGCCCGGUGCAAAUUAGUCCUCCCAUCACCGCACCACUUCUACGUGGCGGAGGGUGUCGGUGAGGACGAGAAGGAUGCGGAACUGCUGGCAGCGAUGCAUGCAGAGCGGGUUUGUGAUGCGUUGGGAGUGCCGCUCUUCCGACUGCCAUCUAUGCAGCAGAAACACGCGGAGAAUGCACGGCGUCAGGGCCGUUACGCGCCAAUGCCCGGUGAUCCAAUCAAACCAGAGAACACCAUCGCCCCACCACCGCUGCGUAUGCUGACAGCACUCCCCGAUUGUGGUGGUGCCUCCUCUACAGACGUCGUGGAUGGGGCAUCCGUGUUCUCCACCACCAUCACAGAGGCAGAAAUCAUCGGUGACACAACUUCAAUAGGCAAAGACAGUCGUUGUGUACCAAAUCCGUUAAUGGAACACGUAUCAUCGUUGACUCCUACUAUUGACCCUGUUGCUGCCACGAAGGCAACUCCUGCAAUUCAGACUACGGAUUUAGAAGGAGAUACAUUAGACGUUAGUGGAGAGCCGCCGUACCACUCUACAGUGCACUACCCGUGGCUUUCCCCCAAUACAUCGAGCAACCAAGGUGGAGGUGCAACGGCAGUAGGAGGAGGAGGAACGGCAAUUUCCAACACGGUCACUUUUGAUCCAACGGAAGGUGGCAUAUGGCAAAUGGUGAAUGCGAACUCCACACGUUGUUCCCCUUCACAGGAUGCAUUGUUACUUCCCUGCGUGUACGAGACGGCGGCCUACGAGCGGUUGAAGGAUCACUUUCUACAUCAAGGAAUGGCGCUGAAGGACCGCAUCACGAUCUCUCACGUGGCCGUCCCUGGUCACUCCGUCAGAAUGUACGUGGCGGAAAUUCAUCUUUUUGAUGCCAUUGUGGCUCGUGGAAAGGCACAAACAAAAGAGUGUGCGGAACACAUGGCUGCGAUGCAUGCAGAAUUGUUGUUGGACGCCCUUGCGCGCCCGUUGUUCCCGCAAGACAAUGCGCGGCAGGCGAGACACGCGAUGGCCGUUGAGAGGUUUGGUCGUUGGGCACCGAACCCACUCACCGGUGACACGCGGCACCCACGGCCGCACGACCCGCUGCCGCUGCCUCUGAAACAACAGGUGGGUGGCGACGAGGUCUGGCUCGACCCGCAGAUGCUGCGGCGCUACACUUAUCAGCGGAGUGUCGGGGAACGUCUCAUUGCAGCACACAAUGACAUUAACAACUACUGUGGUGAUUAUAUCGAGUCCAAUCCAGACCCGGCGCUCCUUGCGGAGUCGCGGAAAGCCCUGGAAUCGUGGCAGCGCGAAGUUGCCCGCAAUCCACAUCCCGAUCUGUUUGUUAUCACACGUAUGGGUGAGCAGUUCCGUGCCAGCACGCUAUUGCCAGUGCCGAAAGUAUUUGGUGUUCGUGGUGGAAACGCGGUUGGCAAGACGAUGGAGCAGGCGAUGGACUUGUGCGCCCUGCACGCGGUAGACACGUUGUGUGCACUUGGUAUUCCGCUUUUUGCAAAUCCCUCGAAACAGCAAGCGUUUCUGGAACAGCGACGACGCAUGGGUCUUGUGACGAUGGAGGACAUGGCGAAGUUGUCUGCAUGCAAAGGACUUGUCGCCAUUCUGGCCCCAUCUUUUUCCGAAUUGGAGUCCAAGUCUCCGCCUACAGAAAAGGCGGCACGGCCCCCAUAUCUUCCUGGAUACAUGGUUGAAGGCAACCAGCCACGCCCCUUGCCACGCAUUUGCGACACGUUGCAAAUUUUGCAGCUCCGUAUCCCCGAGGACUUUGAUGUGUACGGCGAGAACCUGAGCGAUGAGGCCGUCCUUGAAGCGGGAAACGAGGCAAAAUUGUGUGUACAGAACUACCUACGGUACCAUCUACCUAAGGACAGCAAUGUAAAUGCAUCUAUUUACAUUACCGGAUUUGCCAGGCAGGUGAGUGUACACAACAUCGCGUACCUGCCACUUGUGUUACCCCAGAAGGAUCGUAACGUCCCUGAAAACACGACAAGUACGAAGAAGAAAAAGAAAAAGAACAACAAAGCGACCGCUGAUGUACCAGAAGGAACUGAGAAGACGAAUAAAGCAGACAACGCGCCCCCCUCUUUGUCUCCUGUUGUUGCUUCCACGGCCAAUGAUGGGGAUAAUAAUAAUAAUAAUACUUCUGGGAGUAGUGAUUAUGUGGCGGUGGUCACGCAGUCGCAGGCUACUAAAGGGGAGGAAGGGGACACGGCAAAGAAGAAUGCUGGGCGUUUACUUGCUAUUGGUAUAUCCCUCAAGAAGAAGGAUGCGGAGAGGAUGUGUUAUCUUCAUGCUGUGGAAAUACUCCGCAGCUUGGGUCAAGAUGUACUUUCCACCUAUCGUGCAGGACUUCCACGCCGCAAACAGUCGCCUACAACACCUCAGUCGUCCACCACGUCAACGCCAUCCCAGGCAGAAGGUGGGACAAACACGAAUGGUGGUGACAGUAGCAUCGCAGCGAACAAUGCACAGCCUGACAAUAUGAAGCCCGCAACACCAUCGGCACCGAAGCCAUAUAUGCAUAAGCUCAUGAAACAAUUUAUAACCAGUGGUCGGCAUUACACGCCUCCAAAAAGACGUUUCCAGCCAGGCCCUAACUCGCCCUUUUGA